GAGUAGUUCGUAUACCUAUAUAUAUAGAGAGAGAGCGGCCCUUGCCUUAGAGUUAUCGUUAGAGCUGGAACAUUCGCUGCUUGUGCGUUGUCUGAGAUUCUUCUUCGUGGCCGAAAUCCACCCACGAUCUGUGAUAAAUGCCGACAUCGUAGAUGGCGGCAGUGAAGAUUUCAAUGACUUAAACUCUACAAGAAGGAUCCGAGCUUCCCGAAUUUCUUGACUCGAUAUCUCAUCCAACAGUCACUUGUACCAUCCGCCACCAUGCCUUUGCCGUGGGCUUGGAUAGCCCUGCUUUCUCAACUAAUAAUUCCCCUUGCCCUGUCGGCGGACACGCAAGCGUGGAAGUCUCGCAAUAUCUAUUUCGCUCUCACAGACCGCAUCGCCCGCAACAGCGAUGAUAAGGGAGGAGGUUCCUGCGGCAACCUCGGGAAUUACUGCGGCGGCACGUUCCGCGGUCUCGAGUCAAAGCUUGACUACAUUGCCGGGAUGGGCUUCGAUGCCAUCUGGAUCACGCCCGUCGUAGCGAAUACCAACGGUGGAUAUCACGGAUAUUGGGCCUCGGACUUAUACAGCAUCAACCAGAACUAUGGCACGGCAGACGACCUGAAAGCUCUGGUUAAUUCCGCCCAUGAAAAGGGUAUUUACGUGAUGGUCGACGUGGUUGCGAAUCACAUGGGUCCAAACAUUGGCGGCCACAGGCCGGAGCCCCUGAAUCGCGAAAGCUCCUACCAUUCGGCAUGCGAGAUCAACUACUCGGAUCAGAACAGCAUCGAGACCUGCUGGAUCGCCGGUCUGCCCGACCUCAACACGCGGGACCCUAACAUCCGGACGCUCCUCAAGUCGUGGAUCAGCUGGCUCGUCCGGGAGUACGGGUUCGACGGCGUGCGGAUCGACACGGUCAAGCACGUCGAGAAAGACUUCUGGCCCGAAUUUUCGGCGGCUGCCGGAGUGUACGCGAUCGGCGAGGUGUUCGACGGCAACCCCGACUACCUGGCGGGGUACGCCGGGCUCAUGCCCGGGCUGCUCAACUACGCCAUGUACUACCCGGUGAACAACUUCUACCAGCAGAAGGGCUCGAGCCAGGCGCUGGUGGACAUGUUCGACCGGGUCAGCGGGCUGUUCCCCGACCCGGCCGCGCUCGGCUCGUUCCUCGACAACCACGACAACUCGCGGUGGCUGAACCAGAGGAACGACCGCGCGCUGCUCAAGAACGCGCUGGCCUAUGUCAUCCUCGGCCGCGGCAUCCCCAUCAUCUACUACGGCACCGAGCAGGCCUACGCCGGCGGCGCCGACCCCGCGAACCGCGAGGACCUCUGGCGCAGCGACUUCCGCACCGACGCCGAGAUCUACUGGGCCAUCGCGCGCCUCUCCGUCACCCGGAAGUCGGCCGGCGGCUUGGCCGGCAACGACCACGUCCAUCUCUACGUGGCGAAUACCGCGUACGCCUGGAGCCGCGCCGGGGGCAACUUGAUCGUCCUCACGACCAACAGCGGGUCCGGCUCAAGCUCAACCCACUGCUUCAACACGCGAGUCUCCAACCGAACGUGGAAGAACACGUUCAGCGGCGGGACGUACUCGUCGGACAGCAACGGGAAUGUCUGCCUUAACGUUACUAAUGGCGAACCUGUUGUGUUACUCGCUGCGUAAAGAAACGCGGUGGGAAACGUGGCUGGAUGUAUAUAGAGAGCUGCGAGUAAGCAAGCCAGAGGGCACUUAGUACACUAGAUGAUGAUCAUAGUCCCAUUGAAGUGUAUUUACGCGAAUUCCUUUCAUGGUAGGACCCCGACAAGCCACUUGAUCGGACUUUUAAUAACUCCAUCGCGUUCUCCGUUACUUACUACACACCAACGUAACAAUGUUACGUGGAUGUACCUUAAUUAUCUACCCCCUUAUUACGCAACUCGUUUCCCACAACUCAACCUGUUAGAUAUAUUUACUCGGACAUGCUCCUAACUGUAGGGAAAGCAAAGCUAGUGUGUAUUUACAAUGCUUAUACUUUCACCACUUAUAACUCUACGGCGAAACUAACUUAGACCGAACCCCUUCUUGCUAGCUGUUAAUUCGUAGUAAUAUUUGGGAUUUCCGUUUAAUAGUGACUUCGGAAGCAGCCGGCUGUGUGAUGCUGGAUAUGUAGGCGAGGAUCGGUGAAAGGGUUUG